GACCAGGAUGGUCUCGAUCUCCUGACCUCGUGAUCCACCCACCUCAGCCUCCCAAAGUGCUGGGAUUACAGGCGUGAGCCACCACACCUGGCCAACCAUUUUCCAAGUGUACAGUUCAGUGGCAUCAAAGACAUUCUCAUUGUGCAGCCGUCACCACCACCCAUCUACAGAGCUCUUCCUAUCUUUCAGAAUUUAAACUCUACCCAUUAAACAAGUCGCUGUGUUCUCUACCUGCAGCCCCUGGGAAUCACCAAUUUACUUUCUGUCUCUGUGAUAUUGACCUCUACGUUCUUCACAGAACUGGAAUCAUAUAAUAUUUGUCUUUUUGUGUCUGGCUUAUUUGACUUCACAUAAUAUCCUCAAGAUUAAUGUUGUAGCACAUACCAGAAUUUCCUUCCUUUUUAAGGUCGAAUAAUAUUCGAGUGUGAGUGCGCAUGUGUGUGUGCGUGCCUGUGUGCACAUGUGUGCAUGUGUGUGUGCGCGUGCAUAUGUGUGUGUAUAUGUGUGUGCGUGUGUAUCACAUUAUGUUUAUCUGUUUGUGGGUACUUAGGUUGUUUGCACCUUUUGACUGUUGUGAAUAAUGCUACAAUGAACUGGAGUACAGAUAUCUCUGAUACUGACUUCACUUCUGGGGUAUACACCCGGAAGUGGAAUUGCUGGGUCAUAUAGUAAUUCUAUUUUUAAGUUUUUGAGGAGCCUUCAAACUAUUUUCACAGUGGCUACACCAUUUUACAUUCUUAUCAACAGCACAGGAGGUCCGGUUUCUCCAUAUCCUUGCCAACAUUUUGUUCUGUUCUUUUCUCUUUUUUUUUGAGAUGGAGUCUCAGUCUGUCACCCAGGCUAGAGUGCAGCAGCACAAUCUGAGCUUACUGCACUGGGCUCAAGGGAUUCUCCUGCCUCAGCCUCCCCAGUAGCUGGGAUUACAGGUGUGCGCCACCACGCUGGCUCAUUUUUGUAUUUUUGGUAGAGACAGGUCUCACCAUGUUGGUCAGGCUGAUCUCAAACUCCUGACCUCAAGUGAUCGGCCUGCCUCUGCCUCCCAAAUUGCAGGGAUUGCAGGAGUGAGCCACCGUGCCCAGCCUCUUGGCUUGUUCAUAGUAGCCAUCCUAAUGUCCUCGUGUGUGAGGUGGUAACUCAGCAUGGUUGUGAUUUGCAUUUACCUAGUCAUUAGUGAUGUUGAGCAUUUUUUCAUUAGCUUUUUGGCUGUUUGUGAAUCUUUUAAAAAGAAAUGUCUAUUCAGGUUCCAUGCCCAGUUUUUAACCAGGUCGUUUUAUUGUUGUUGUUGCUGCUGCUGAAUUGUAGGAGUUCUUUACAUAUUCUGGAGCUCAACCGUUUAUGUGAAAUAUGCUUUUUGCAAAUAUUUUCUCCCAUUCCAUGAGUUGCCUCUUCAGUCUGUUGAUUAUGUCCUUUUGAUGCACAGCAGUUUUUCAUUUUUAUAUAAUCAGUGUGUCUAUUUUUUUGUUUCUUGUACUUUUGAUGUCAAAUAACUUACCUUUUAAAAAUCUGUCCUCAUUGUUAAGUGGGUUUUACUGUUGUUAUUAUCUUACAGAAGGAAGAGAUGGAGGCUUAGGAGGCUAAGUAAUUUGUCUAGGUGUACAUACCUAGACAGUAGAGGAACUGGGACUAGAACACAGGCCUGUUUGACUCUAAGACUCAUACUCUUAACUAUUACUCCAAAGUGAUAAUGAACUGUGAGUCAUAAGACACACAGUAUAAGAGUGAUUGUGAUGACGAUGACAUUGUUGAUGAUGAGGUCAUGACAGCAUUGCCAUGAAUGGACUAGCUCAUAGAGGUAACCUAUGAAAUGGGAACUUGACCUAGAAUUUUGAUCAAGUAGUGGGGAGAAAGUUGGAGAGUUAAAGGGGCCUCCUUGGGAACCCCUGCAUUGAUAGACUUUGGACUUUAUCUAGAAGAUACUGGGGAACCAUUGAUUCCCAGGGUACUUCUGGAAAUGGAAUUUGUCAGCUAUUUACAGAGUCUCUGAACAGCAACUCAAAGAAGCUGUGGUCCAGGCGGUGGAAAACAGCAAGUUUGGAAAGGAGAGGCAUCAGUGGAGUCUGGAAGGUGUCAAAAGGCUGGAAAGCAGUUGGCAUGGGCGGCCUACCUUGGAGAAGGAACAAGAGAAGAACUCAGCGCCCCCGCAUCGCAGGGCUCAGAAGAUCAUGGUCCGCUCCAGCAGUGACAGCAGCUACAUGUCUGGGUCCCCAGGGGGAAGUCCCGGGGGCGGCAGUGCUGAGAAGCCGUCCUCCAACGUGGACAUCAGCACUCACAGCCCCAGCCUGCCCCUGGCACGGGAGCCAGGGGUGCUUUCUGUAGCAUCCUCCAGGCUGCCCCAGGAGAGCCCGCCCCUCCCAGAGAACAGGGACAGUCACCCACCGCUGAGAAUUAAGAAAUCCUUUGAGAUUUUGGUGAGAAAGCCUACGUCCUCCAAGCCCAAGCCUCCGCCCAGAAAAUACUUUAAAAGUGACAGUGACCCUCAGAAGAGUCUAGAAGAGAAAGAGAACUCGUGUGCUUCUGGGCACACCCUGCCCACCUGUGGCCAGGAAGCCAGAGAGCUGCUGCCACUGCUGCUGCCACAGGGAGACACAGCAGGGAGAAGCGCUAGUGCCUCUGCCAGCUGCCCAGGACCUGGUGUUAGCCCACAGACCACGUCCUCCACAGAGGACGAGCCAGGGCAGAGAAGAGCCAGCCCAGUGACCCAAACAUCCCCGAUAAAACACCCACUGCUUAAGAGGCAGGCUCGGAUGGACUAUAGCUUUGAUACCACAGCCGAAGACCCUUGGGUUAGAAUUUCCGACUGCAUCAAAAACUUAUUUAGCCCCAUCAUGACUGAGAACCAUAGCCACAUGCCUCUCCAGCCCAAUGCCAGCCUGAGUGAAGACGAUGGGACACAGGGCCACCCAGAUGGGACCCCACCAAAGCUGGAGACGGCCAACGGCACUCCCAAAGUUUACAGGCCAGCAGACAGCAGCACCGUGAAGAAGGGUCCCCCAGUGGCUCCCAAGCCAGCCUGGUUUCGUCAAAGCUUGAAAGGUUUGAGGAAUCGUGCUUCCGACCCAAGAAGGCUCCCUGAUCCUGCCUUGUCUGCCCAGCCAGUGCCUGCUUCCAGGGAGCACCCGGGACCACACACCCAGGCUUCCUCAUCCUCCAUCAAGCAGAGAAUUAGCUCCUUCGAAACCUUUGGCUCCUCUCAAUGGCCUGACAAAGGAGCCCAGAGACUAAGUCUACAGCUCUCCUCUGGGGAGGCGACAAAACCUGUUGGGAAGCAUGAGGGAGGUCGGCUUCCUGGACUCUUGGGCCGAGGGGCUGCACCCACUCUUGCACCUCAGGAGACUGAGCAAGUGCUGCCCUCGGGGUCUCCUGCAGCCUCCGAGGCAAGAGACCUAGGUGUGUCUGAGUCCCCUCCCCCAAGGCAGCAGCCCAGUGAGAAAACUCUUCCUCCUGGCCCGGACCCGCUCCUGAGGCUGCUGUCAACACAGACUGAGGAAUCUCAAGGCCCAGUGCUCAAGAUGCCAAGCCAGAGAGCACGGAGUUUCCCCCUGACCAGGUCCCAAUCUUGUGAGACGAAGCUCCUGGAUGAAAAGACCAGCAAACUCUACUCUAUCAGCAGCCAAGUGUCAUCGGCUGUCAUGAAAUCCUUGCUGUGCCUUCCAUCUUCUAUCUCCUGGGGCCAGACUCCCUGUAUCCUCAAGGAAGGGGCAUCUCCAACAUCAUCAUCCAAGGAAGACUCAGCUGCAAAUGGUUUGGCCGAAACAUCUGGCUCGGACACGGGGUUCUCGCUCAACCUUUCAGAGCUGAGAGAAUAUACAGAGGGUCUCACAGAGGCCAAAGAAGCCGAUGAUGGGAACCACUGCUCCCCUCAGUCCGGUCAGUCUGUCAUCUCCCUGCUGAGCUCAGAGGAAUUAAAAAAACUCAUCGAGGAAGUGAAGGACCUGGAUGAAGCAACAUUAAAGCAGUUAGACAGCAUCCACGUCACCAUCUUACAUAAGGAGGAAGGUGCUGGUCUUGGGUUCAGCUUGGCAGGAGGAGCAGAUCUAGAAAACAAAGUGAUUACGGUUCACAGAGUGUUUCCAAACGGGCUGGCCUCCCAGGAAGGGACUAUUCAGAAGGGCAAUGAGGUUCUUUCCAUCAACGGCAAGUCUCUCAAGGGGACCACACACAAUGAUGCCCUGGCCAUCCUCCGCCAAGCUCGAGAGCCCAGGCAAGCUGUGAUUGUCACAAGGAAGCUGACUCCAGAGACCAUGCCUGACCUCAACUCCUCCACCGACUCUGCAGCCUCAGCCUCUGCAGACAGUGACGUUUCUGUAGAUUCUACAGAGGCCACAGUCUGCACGGUGACAUUGGAGAAGAUGUCUGGAGGGCUGGGCUUCAGCCUGGAAGGAGGGAAGGGCUCGCUGCACGGAGACAAGCCUCUCACCAUUAACAGGAUUUUCAAAGGAGCAGCCUCAGAACAAAGUGAGACAGUCCAGCCUGGAGAUGAAAUCUUGCACCUGGCUGGCACUGCCAUGCAGGGCCUCACACGGUUUGAAGCCUGGAACAUCAUCAAGGCACUGCCUGAUGGACCUGUCACGAUUGUCAUCAAGAGGAAAAGCAUGCAGUCCAAGGGGACAUCAGCUGCUGGAGACUCCUAGGCAGGACGUGCUGAAGCCAAAGCCAAGCGCACACAGCUCAGUUCCCGUAACCGCUGAUUCUCAGGGUCUCUGCUGCCACCCCCCACCCAAAGGGGGUAAAGCACAGGGGGCUUCCCACUGACUGCUGCCCAGGCCCAGACCUUCUAGAACGCCACCCAGCAAAAGGGUUGUCUCAAAAGUAAGGGCAGAGUUACACUGGGAUAGCUAAUACAAACUGCAGACUGUAUAAAGAGAGCUUAAUAAUAUUGUGGUGCCACAAAUAAAAUGGAUUUAUUACAAUUUCA